CCACUACUUAACCGGUCCGGAGCGAUCGGCUUAUCUACCCUCUUCGCAACCAACACCUCUCAGCUCGUCUAGAGCUCUCAAAAGUACCCUCCAGACUUCAACACUAGAACAACAUGAAGCUUGCUACCAAGGAAGAGCUCGAUGGCCACCAGAAUGCGACCAUCCGUGGUGCUAUCGAGGGUGUCCUCGCCGGUGUGGCUAUCGCUGGCCCGCUCGGCUACUACGCCAACAAGAAGUGGCCCGCGUUCCGUCGCAUGCCACCACAACUCAAGGCCCUUGCUGCCAUCCUCAUCAUCAUCCCCGCCUACUCCGUCCAGGCCGAGCGCCGUGGUGUCGAGUUCGACGAGUCGACAUGGACAGGUGCCGGUGCCAUGGAGCUCAGGCGCGCCAAAAGCGAGGAGGAGAAGCACUGGGAAUCCCUCUCGGCGGUGGGCAAGUUCAAGGAAUGGGCGAUGCACAACCAGUACAAGGUCAUCGUCGGCAGCUGGGCUGCCUCCAUGGCCGUCGCCGGCGUCAUCGUCAUGGCGAACCGCCACCAGACAAUGCCGCAAAAGAUCGUCCAGGCGCGUAUGUGGGCGCAGGGCCUCACCAUUGGUGUCAUCAUUGGUGCUGGUGUCCUGACACACGGCCAGCGCGAGAAGCAGUUCCAGGAGCGCCAGGUUGACCAUUCAUGGGCCAACAUUGUAGAGGAGACACAACGGGAGGAGGCUGAGGAGGCCGAGCAUCACAAGGCGGCGGCAAAGCUCGAGAUCCCGACUACCCUCAAGGUACACGCGUAGACGACUCCUGCACUCUCUUCCUUCUCCAUACACAAGUGACCUUCACGAGGACUUUUGCAUUACACUUUCAUCUUUAAGAGCAUGUGCUACUCUAUAGGCCACCUAAUAUCCUGCCUAUCGCCCUACGCACUUAUUUGUAGAAAAUUACCAUGCCCACAUUCGUUCCACACUGUACUACUUUCGCGCCUACUCAUCUAUACAUACAUUGAGUAGCAGACACGUCACGACUGUAUUUAUGGAACUGAAUAACGAACACGAUUACGAACCGAAUGUACAU